UCUAUGCAAAAAAAUGGUCAGCUAAUUAAAACCAGGGUUUAGCAAUGGCUCCUCUUCCUGUACUCCGCCAUGUUUUCGCACACUUUCAUCAUCAUACUUCAAAACCCAUAGCCAUAAUCCAUACUUUUAAAACCCUUUCUCCUCUUUUUCUUUCCCCUUCUCAUUAUUCCCUUAAACCCAUAUCUUCCUCGCAGUCUCAUUUUUUCUCCACUACAGAGAAUACUUCAAUAUUAAACAAAGAUGAGCGGGUCAGGUUAACUUCACCGGGUGUAAGCCCACCAGACCCGGAUUUGAAUUCGAGUAGUACAAUUGUCGCCAUUGUUACUUCUUUGGGUGGGCAGGCAAGUGCGGUAGGUAUUGUAAGGUUAUCUGGUCCAUCAGCAGUGGAUAUAGCAGGUCGUGUUUUUCGUCCAUUUAAGCAAAGGAAAAAGAAGAACUUCUCUUGGCAACCCACAAGUCAUGUUGUAGAAUAUGGUGUGGUUUGUGAUCCAAAUGGCAAUGUUGUCGAUGAGGUUUUAGUUGUACCCAUGCUGGCUCCAAGAUCAUACACCCGAGAAGAUGUAGUUGAGUUACAAUGUCAUGGGAGUGACGUUUGUCUACAUCGUGUGCUACGAGCUUGCCUAGAAGCCGGGGCACGACUUGCAGAACCAGGUGAAUUUACACUUCGUGCUUUCUUGAAUGGCCGUUUAGACCUCUCUCAAGCCGAAGAUGUUGGAAAACUUGUAUCAGCCAAGUCUGUAGCUGCAGCCGAUGCUGCACUUGCAGGAAUUCAGGGUGGUUUCUCUUCACUAGUGAAUUCACUAAGAGGGCAGUGCAUUGAGUUGCUUACCGAAAUAGAAGCUCGAUUAGAUUUUGAUGAUGAAAUGCCACCAUUAGAUAUGGGUCUGAUUCUGAGUAAAAUAAGUGCAAUGUCACAUGAUGUGGAUACUGCAAUGGAAACUGCUAACUAUGACAAGUUUUUGCAAUCUGGAUUGCAGAUCGCCAUUAUUGGCCGACCCAAUGUUGGGAAAUCUAGUUUACUUAAUUCAUGGAGUAAGAGUGAAAGAGCAAUAGUUACAGACAUUGCUGGAACCACACGGGAUAUUGUGGAAGCCAAUGUGACUGUUCACGGUAUUCCAGUCACGCUACUUGAUACAGCUGGGAUCAGAGAAACAGAUGAUGUUGUAGAGAAGAUAGGUGUUGAAAGAUCAGAAGCAGUUGCCAUGGGUGCUGAUGUGGUUAUCAUGGCAGUGAGUGCUAUUGAUGGAUGGACAACAGAAGAUGCCAAACUGCUUGAUAAGAUAAAACGAACCAAGGCUGCAUCCAGAUCUCCAGUGAUAUUAGCAGUCAACAAAAUCGAUUGUGCUCCAUCUGCAUUUACCGAGUUUGUGAACACCAUAGACGAAUCUUUUGAUAAGCAUAUAUACACAUGUGCCAUUACCGGUCAAGGAAUUUCAGAUUUGGAGACUUCAAUUCUUGAGCUUGUAGGCCUCCAAAACAUUCCCGCAGGUGGACGCAAGUGGUCCGUUAACCAGAGGCAAUGUGAGCAGCUUCUUCGAACUAAGGAGGCUUUAAUGAGGUUGAGGACAUCGAUAGAAGAUGAUCUUCCAUUUGAUUUUUGGACUAUAGAUUUGAGGGACGCUGCACUUGCACUUGGGCAGAUUAGUGGAGAAGAUAUAUCAGAAGAAGUUUUGACUAAUAUUUUUGGUAAAUUCUGCAUUGGUAAGUAAAUCUUGUAUUUAUUUAUUUAUUUUUUAUUUUUUUUUGUGUAUUCAUUGUUAUUUCUGAAUUGGCUACCACACGAUGCAUUGUUUUGAAAGUCUUGUAAGUUACUUCUGGUUCUGAUUAUCUGAACAAGUUACAUAUAGUAGGGUUAUCUUUUCUUUUUUUUU